UAAAGGUCCGUGUGUUGCUCGUUUGUAAUAAAGUUUUUUUUAUAAAGAAAAAAAAAACUUAAAACUUUCAUGAAACUACAGAUCCCAGAAGUCAAAGCACACAGUUCAGACGAAUAGAGCAUGCGUAUUACAGUUUCGGGUCCUUCCCCCUUAAAGGCUGUCCAAUGAACGUCUAGAUAGUGCACAAAGUGGGCGGGCUCAGGUAAAGCUUCGCAACGUUCAAGAUUUUGUGCAUGCGCGAUGUUUGUUGGGCAAAGGCGAUUUUCAUUUCGCACAGGCGCAGAUGGUCCAAGUCGUAAGCAAGGGGGUGCGCACGCCAAGUGACGUAAGAGCGCUGACCCGGAGGCUAUCUGGAGGAAGAAAUGUUAGCUAAUAAAGCACCAAAGUGUGAGGUGGAGGAAGUAGUGGUACAGGAGAUAGAGCAACCCAUAUUAAUUCCUGAUUCGAAUCUGGAAGUGGUGGAGACCAGGACGGUUUCAAGGGAAGGUGUUCUGCGCAGCACACGUUCAGAGUCGCCUACCUUAGAGCUCAUCUGUAAGACGGAACCUGACCCAGAUGACCUAGUCUAUGAGAUCAAUGAGGGACCCUCAUCAUAUACAGCUGGAAUCAGUGAUGAAGAAGAAGAGGAAGAAGAUGUGUUAAUAAGUGAGGAAGAGACUCCUUAUAAAGAUGACCCCACUGAUGAAACAUACAGGCCCCCUCAGUUAGAAAGUGAGGAUGAUGAAGACGAUGAUGAAGAUGAGGAAAUAAUAAGUGAGGAGGAGACUGGUUAUAAAGAUGACCCCAGGGAUAAGAGCUAUAGGCCACAGCUGAACAGGUCAUCUGGCUCUAGGCGCCGAGGACCUCGUACUAGAGAAGAUACAGCCCCUGUAGAGGUAAAGAUGGAAGUAAAAGAAGAGAAUCCUGUCCCUGAGCCAGAAGCUCCAAGGAAGAGAGGUCGUCGGCGCAAAGAUGAUAAAAGUCCAAGACUACCAAAGAGGCGGAAGAAGCCACCUCUGCAGUAUGUGCGUUGUGAGAUGGAGGGAUGUGGCACAGUAUUGGCACACCCCAGAUACUUACAACAUCAUAUUAAAUAUCAACACCUUUUAAAGAAAAAAUAUGUAUGUCCGCACCCCUCAUGCGGGAGACUUUUCCGCCUUCAAAAGCAACUGAUGCGACAUGCAAAGCAUCAUACAGACCAGCGGGAUUAUAUCUGUGAAUACUGCGCUCGAGCGUUCAAGAGCUCUCACAACCUGGCUGUUCAUAGAAUGAUCCACACAGGAGAAAAACCCUUACAAUGUGAGUUCUGUGGCUUCACCUGCAGACAGAAAGCCUCCCUGAACUGGCACAUGAAGAAACAUGAUGCUGACUCUUUCUACCAGUUUUCUUGUGGAAUCUGUGGAAAGAAGUUUGAGAAGAAGGACAGUGUUGUGGCCCACAAAGCCAAGAGCCAUCCUGAAAUUCUUAUAGCUGAAGCCCUGGCGGCCAACUCUGGCUCUCUCAUCACCACCAACAAUGAACUGCUGGUGACAGAGACCCCUGCUACCACAGGCUCAGUUGUGCAAGAUGAGCUUGCACCCCCACAAACCUUUCACUCUACUCAUGGCUCCAAGGUUUUAGUUGCUUGCUCUGUCCCGCCAGUAGAAGGACUGGGUGCUACAACAGAGGUUCUUAUUGAGGAUUCGGACUCUGCAGGACCCUAGAGCAGGAGAAUACUCUCCCUUCACAGCACCUAGACUGUUUCCUUGUCCCCCUCCCCCCAGCUGGCUGGCUGUCUCAUCCCUUCAAUGCUUUCUUUCUGUGUUUCUUAAUAUUUGCAUAACUAAUGUGGGGCCCAAAGCUUUGUACCCUGAUGUUCUCAAUCAAUUCCUUUUAUCUUACAAGUUGUCUGGUUUAGUUUUUACCAGUCUUCUGGUAUGGCAUCCUUUCAUUUUUUCUUUGCUUCUUUUCGCCCUUGCAUUACGGUUUUAUUUGUUUUUAUUUUGAAUCCCAUCGCCCAUCCUGUCCCUUCUUACCUUCCUCCUCAGGUGCUGUGCUGUGCACUCUCACUGUAUAUAUACUGUAUGUUUAAAGAAUAAAAAGGAGCUGUUCUAUUUCAAAAUGAAGCCCUAUUCCCCCAAGCAAAGCUGCUAGUGUUACUUAGAGCGCUGCUUGCGGUCUCUUUGUACUCUGUGACCCAUUGUCCAUAUUAUUUUUUCUUGUUAAUUUUUGUCCCUCGUACGAGUGAAAUUUUGCACUUUAGAGUGAUUCAAAGAGGGUAGUUUGCCUAAAAUGGUUCUUUUGGUCCUAUUUACUAUCCCAUCUGCCUGCUUGCACUUAACCAUGAAUUCCCUUUACUUGCACAGUAUUCAUUCAUUUUCAGUCUUAUUAAGUUCCAUUGCUACAACAUAGUCCAUAGCCUGUCUUGUUCGGCACAGUUUAUCGCCUCGGGUUUUUUUUUUUUUUGGGCACCAUUUUCUCUGCACUUUGACAUUUUCAUUAACCUCGUUAUCCAUUCAACACAUUGCACUUAAAGGCUAUGGACACCAUUUCAGACAUUUUUUUAAUGUAGUGUAUGUAUUUUAUUAAAUUAAACAUAUUUACAAUUGUUUUUCACUAAAAAUAUUUAACCAUUUGCCUUCUGCAUACAGUAUAAUACUUUCAGUGUUUAUUCUACCAGACAUGCUCACCGCUAGAUCAGUCUCUAGCCCAUCUUUCUGCUUUCUUGAACACUUAUUGUAGCUGACAUAUUUACCAUCAAGUUAAAGUGAAUCAGUCAGCCCAUCUGCACUUUGUGAGCUGCAGACAUGUGCUGACAGAAAAUGGUGCAAUAACACACAUUUUUACCUUUUCUAAAGCUUGAGGGGCUUAUAUUCCAGGCUGAGGUGUCCAGGAGGAGGGGCCAAAUGCGAUGAUGCAGCACUUCAGCAGCCUGAAAUAAAAGCCCCUCAAGCUUUAGAAAAGGUAAAAGUUUGUGUUAUUGCACCAUUUUCUGUCAGCACAUAGUAUACAGAAUGGCUGACAGAUUCACUUUAAGAUAAAUGUAAUUGUUAGGCAAUGCGCACAUUAGGGGGGCUUUAUCAAUAAAAUCAUUAGAUUCUGCUGUGCUGUGCACAUGCGGACUCCGCACAGAAUGCAUAGCUGUCUAUAAGAUGGCACAUUCCUGUGCGGUCCUAGUGUAUGGAUGCCUGCAGACUGCAGAAUGUCCACACAAAGAUUUUCCAUGCGGACAUUCCGUAAUGUGAACACAGCCGAAGACAUAACAGCUGCAGAUGAUAAAUGGUUAUAAACUUUUAACUAUAACUAGUUCUAAAUAUGUUUUAUUUAAUAGAAUACUUAUAGUGCAAUAACAAAAAUGAUUGCAAAGCUGUCCAUAGCAUUAAAACCUACUCUUCCUGUAUACUUUUUAAAUCUAACGAAAAAAAAUUGAUUUGAUUUACUUGUUUGGGUGUUAAACUUAUUUUGAGUUGGACGUGUGUGUCUGCUUUUACUGUUGUCAGAUGUUUGUGUCCCGAAUGAGUCUAAGUUACAAGUUGAAAUUCAGGCAUGUGGAAAUCAAGAAAAAAUGUAAUCCAUGUCUGAAAGUAUGUAAUAUAUAUAUAUAUUUAAAAAAAAAAAAAAAGUGAACGUCAUUCUGCCCACAUAGGUAACCCUGGGCAUCGUGAGCGCCAAAAAACUCUUACAUUUAAAGAUGUUUCCUUUUUAGAAAAGUGCCCCCUCUUUCUGACUACUUGAAGAUAUAAGCUGGCUGCUGGAGCUUUCUGAUUGGCUCUUGGAUGCCAUACUAUUUUGUAUUCUGUAUGUAUUGAAUACAAUAAAAAAAAAAAUAUAUAAAUUGCACCAUAGUUUGGUGAAAUAUGUGAGCUUUAGAAAGCAAAUGAUCAGUCUAAUUAAAGUCUUGAUUUUUCACUUA